UACAAUUAAUUAUUUUUUCAUUCCAAGUUACACUAAGUUUCGAGUAAACUAUUUUUUUUUUCGAGGUUUGAAAGAAUGUCCGUUUUGAAAAUAGGUGUUUUUGAAGUUCAAAUUUUUAAGUGACAUUUGAAAUCAAUGUCAAACAUCAAACAUACUUGAAAAAAGUAUUGACGCAAUAGAGUAUAUAAUAUUUGACUUGUAAAUAGAUACUGUUUUAACAAAGGAAACAUGCUUUUUUAUUCGUAGUACAACUAAUCUUAAAUUUUUUCUAUUAUUAUAUUAUAUACUUCCAUCAUUUUUGUUAUAAAUUAAGUAACAAGUAGAACAAUAAAGUGAAAACAAUACAUUGGACACAACUACGUAUCACGUCGAACCAGUUGUUGAUAUAAAAUACAUAUAAAUUUACAUCUCAUUCGAAAUAAAUAAAUUAUAUUCGACAAAUUUUUAAGAAUUUUGUAUAAGAAUCUUGUUAGCACUAGAAGAAAUUCAUUAAGUGACAAAUAUCUGAAUAGUGUAAAUUAUUGAGCUUCGCAACGCGUUUAAGAGCCUCAAUAGCUAUAUGUCGUAUGCUAAAAUUAUAAUUAGUUCUAAAUGUUUCCAGUUCGGCAAAAUAGCGCUGAUAGUAGCAACUACGUUGUUGGUAUUUAGUCGUUAUGUCUCCAUCCAUGUUAUGUAUGCAUGAUCAUGAAGUUAACCUUAAAAUUUUGUUGACUGUUUUCCUCUCAAAGCGGGAAGAUGUGUAUUUGAUUUUUAGUUUUUUAUGUAGAAGGUUUUAUUAAAAUGGUUAAAUAAAACAGUGUCUUUUUAGAAAGGAAAACGUAAUUUUUAAAUUGUUUUAAUGAUCUAGCACAUAAUAGGAAAUAUGACUUGCCGUUUUAUACUCGAAACAAAUAACACACGACAGUACUUUACUGAUUUCGAAAAACAAUUAUACAGUAUUUAUGACUGUGGUUAUUAGUACUGAAUUCAGUUCAUCUUUCCACGAAAUUAUUAGUAUCGACUUGGAAAAAUUAAGAAAAAUUUUAAUUCAUAGAAAAUUGAGUUUUAUUAAUUUUUGAGCACCAAAAAAAUGAAGGAAGUUUUGAGCACACAGUCUGCAUCAAGUUACAGUAAUCAUUUCGUCAACAACAAUGGUGAAGCAAAUCCUAAUAGUGUAUCUAAUGGUACAAACUCAACUAGAAAAUAUGCAGUUUUGAGCACAGACUGGGUUGCAGCAAUUGGAGAAGAGUUAGGAGUUAAUCCUUUGCCUGAUCCUCUUCUUCGAAAGCUUGCUGAAGAUGCAUCAUAUAGAUUACGUGAAAUUUUACAUAAAUGUGUCACAAGACUGAGGCAUAGCAAAAGAAAACGCUUAACCUCAUCUGAUGUCAAUGCUGUUGUAUCUAAUCUUUGUGAUGUGGAUCCAUUGAUUGGAGCACCAGAACAUUUGCCAGAGUAUCUUCCUGAUGCAAACCUUUUUGUGCCUCAUGAGCGUUUUGUAGACUUAGCGCAGAAAGUAAAUGAACCUCCCAGUUUUUCUCAAGUCAACAUUCCUUAUAUUCAAGAAAUUGAAAUCGUUGACUCAAAGUUAUCAGACGCUAGGAAUAACUAUGCAAAAAGGGCUCUAAAGAUGUUGUUCAAUGGAUCACAAAAAACAUUUCAGGUCCUUUUAAAUGAUUGUGCUACUAAUGCUUGUUUGAGUGGAGAGGGUGUUGUAGAUAAAUUAAUGUCCAUUGCUAGGACUAUGGUGAUAUCUAAUAAUGCACAGUAUACUCGAGUUUUGACUAGAACCUGUCAACUUAUUAUUGCUAUUACAAAUAAUAGCAAAGCAGUAUAUCCGUAUCAUCUCAACUCUGUUGAUAAAUUGGCAGAGUUAUUACUUGAACUUUUAUUAGGUCAUGGUUUAAUUAAUCCAAAUUUAGAGACUUUAUUCAAAGACUGUGCUUUAAAGUUAAUGUUACGAUGGCCAUCUGUGGCUGAUAGGUUUAUUCCAAUGCUAAAAAAUGUUCUGACAAGAAGAGAAGAACGAACCUCUCAAACAAAGAAAAAAAUAAUAGCCUUAGAACUUCUUGCUGGUGUCCAGCCUUACAUCUUUCUUGAAGAGGAAUCAAACUCACCACUUGACUUAGUUAAUGUUUUAAAAUUUGCCACGCCAGGUUCAGAUAUAUGGCAUAAACUUGCUUUUACAGUUUGUGCUUUUGUAAAAUCUAGUAAUCAGCCAUUGAACUACUCUGUGAUACUUGAAAAUUUUGGAGAUUCAAUCCUUCCCUACUUAAUUAAUGAUGAUUUAGCAACGAAGCAGAAUCCUGUCAAAAUAAAUCUUCCAAUAAUUGUAAGGAGUAAAAUAAAAUACGCGCCUAUUAAACCAAAUAUCAGUGGAAGGUAUACAGACAAACAAAGUGUCUUCCCAGACUCAACAUUGCGAGGUUCGAGACGUGAAAUAAGAUUCGCGUUCACCGGUAGUCGUGCUGUUCCGCCAAAUAACCUUCGAAGAGUUAGUCUACGAGCAAACUAUCAAAUACUGAGGAACGAGUCUCAAGCUCCGUAUGCUUUAGUCGCAUCGCGUCGACUUUUAAUUUUUAAACAUAAAAAGAAACGUUUAACAGGCGCUUACAAUUUGUCAAAAAUGGUUCUCUGAAAUGUCGAACUUAGUUAACUUUUUUUUUCUUCGAAACGCGAGGCUAUUAAUAAGUGAUCGAAAGGAAAACAAAAUCAAAGUUUAUUCACACACUUUGUUUUUUUUUGACCAAUGUAAAAAUGUAUUUAUA